AUCGCAAGACAAAUUUGAUGCAAGCAGUGACAAAUUAGACCCCAGCACAGAUCCAUGGAGCAACACUCCUAAAAUACAUACACAGCUACAACCGCACAACUUGCAUCUUCACCAUCAAAAACCACAAGCAGACCUUUUGCACACCUCAAGCACACUGAGCACUCAGUCACAAGUUACAGCUACAGUGAGUCCAUCAGUAGCAGAGAAAACCAAUGCCCAAGAUGGCCAAAUACGUAGGUCAGAAGAGGAGAAACCAUCAGCAGACCAGAACAUUGCGCAACAGUUUGAAAACCGAAGGCUGACUAGGAGCCAAAGCAUGAAGCGAAAACUGGAAAUGGCCUUCAUCAGCCUCCAAAACCCGGUGAAGAGGAAGUGUAAAGAAAAACAGAGCGCUGACCCAAAGAAGAAAAGACAAAGAGAUAAUCGAGGGCAAUCUAAACCACGUGCGAACAAAAGUGGAGUGAAUAACAUGGAUACGCAAUCCCUCAGUGAAGAAAGGCAAAAACAACCAAAUGCAAGAAAGAGGAGAUGUGGCGUGAAGAAAUUUGGGAGAAAGAAGAGGUGUGACGAAAAUAGAAGCCACCAGAUGGAUGGUUUUUAUGAAAGGAAGAAGAGCCCCCGAAAAGGAAGCCCUGGAACGAAUGGCUGUGGUGCGAUGAAAAAGAAGAAGAAUGUUGGAGAAGAUCAUGCAGGGGCAGAAAGUAUAUCUAAAAGUUUCCAGGUUGGGCAACCAUCUGUAAAGCGCCAAAUAGGAGGAACCUGUAUUGAGAUAGCUUCUUCAGCUAUGGAGAAGGUGAGAAUGUUUUUACAGCUCCAAGAUGAGAAAGAGGAUGAAAGAGCAAAUGAGAUUGUGGGAAUACACAGGGAAAAUAAAGUAGGAAAUAGAAGAGUAGUCAAUCAUAAAAGCAUAUCUGGAGCUGCAGAAAAACACCCUGUUGUAAACAGCUUGCAAGGUAAUCUGGGAGAGAUUCAGGAGCUAGAAGACGUAGGUAGAAUCGUAGUUAACAGAGAGGUUGAGGCCCAGGAAAGAAUAAACAGUAUGUUGGAAGUGAGCCAGAGGCAAGAAGACGACAAAAGAAUGGCCGAUGGACUGAGGCAGGAAGAUCUGACGAAUGAAGAAUGCAGCGUACCCUUCCAGCUGAAUCUGCCUGUAGAUGCAGAAGAAAACGAGGACCGUGAAGCUACCUUCAUCACUACAAAAUCGGUCGCAAAUGUAUUAUAUUCAAGACCAGAUGAUCCAGUCUCAGCUCUAGGUGUACAGAAUGAAGUUAUGCUACUUUCUACCCAAAGCACCAUGCACAAAAUGUCUAACUUAACUUUGGACGUAGGAGAUGCGCCUCGGCUCACAUCUGCCGCACGACUCUCACACGCACAACCUUGCCAAGAGCUUUUCAACCCACACACAUCCACAGAAGACUUGCUGCAGUUGGCAGGGAGUUCAGUGGAUGAAGAUGAUGUAGAUGUGGUGGAGGUGUCCAGCCCAGCCUCUGAGCUGCCUGCUGUAUCGACUGUCAUCUUGGGGGUGGAUCUGAGCACCGAGGAGGAGGAGGAAGAAGUAGAUGAUGUUGAGAUCGAUGUGCUUGGUCCAGAACCAGACUAGCUCUCUGAAAUAACUUCUGCAAAUCUGGACCCCCACACAAUCACAGAUCUGCUGUGGUGAGAGUUACGGUAAUGGAGGGAACAGGUAUAGAAAUCAAGUCCUACGUAUUUUUAUAUGUCGGUCAGGUUCACCACACCUGAGGUGGGACGUUGGACUUCGUAUCAUGUCUGUAACCACACAAAAAGGUUUAAGUUUUAUUUGUUUUAAGUCAGAUAUGCUGAACAAGUGGCUUUAUUCCAUCUGAUUUCCUUUUAAGACUGGAGUGGCAGAACGAGAAUGGACAAAGUGCAAGAUUUGUUCAAUAAAAAGACAGUUUAGUUUAUGUUUAACAUCAAGCUUUAAGCCAGGGGUUCUACAGGUGACUG